CCUGCCCUACCCUCCGUCCCUGGGCUUCUUCUUCCUGAGUUGGACCGGGCCGGAUUGGGCCAGACCAGAGAAAUGGGGGUCGCCGUCUGAACCGUCGCCGGGACGAGGCCUGGGGAUGAUGCCACCACCACCGCCUCCCCUGCUGCCCCUCCUGUCCCUCCUGUCCCUUCUCUGUGGGGGGUCCCUUUCCCAGACUUCGCAGUUCACCCUGCAGGUUCCGGAGUCAGUGACGGUGCAGGAGGCCCUCUGUGUCUCCAUCCCCUGCACCUUCACCUACCCCAACUACAUGGAGAACUUCAAAAUGAUCCAUGGCUACUGGUUCCGGGGUGAGGACAAUAUCUUCAGUCCUGCCGUGGCGGCGACUGACCCCACGGUGGAGAUUAGGACAGAAACCCAGGGCCGGUUCCACCUCACCGGAAACCUGCAGGAAAGGAACUGCACCCUGAGCAUCACUAGUGCCCGGAAAGAAGACACCGGCACCUACUACUUCAGACUACAGAAGGGAAACAUCAAGUAUACUUACAGAUAUCAGGCGGUCUCCGUCGAGGUGACUGCCCUGACUCAGGAGCCCGAAGUCCAGGGAACAGAGGCUCUGCGGGCCGGCUGUCCAGCGGCAGUGACCUGCUCGGCCCCAGGGAACUGCAGAAACGGGGUGCCCCUGACCUUCUCCUGGACGGGUACAGUCCUCUCCCCCAGGAGAAGCCCCUCCCUGACCAACAGCCCCGGCCCUCCUCCCUUCUCUGUGCUUUCCUUCACCCCGGGGCCGAGGGACCACGGCUCCAACCUCACCUGCCGGGUGACCUUCCCUGGAACUAAUGCCACCACACAGACAACCGUCCGGCUCAACGUCACCUAUCUCCCCAUGCCGCCGACGAUCCGCGUUUACCUGGGGAACAGCACAGCACCCACCUCCCCAGUCAAUGCGUCGUCCCUGAUGGUCCCGGAGGGUGGGACCCUGCGCCUGGUCUGCUCCGCGCCCGCCAACCCCCCGGCCACAUUGAGCUGGACACGGGCUGGCUCCGGCCUAGAUCUCUCCCCACUCCUGGGGCCCGAGGGCCUGGAGCUGGAGCUGGCCCACAUGGGGCCCGAUGAUGGAGGGGAGUACGUCUGCCAAGCUCAUCACCCACGCGGGGGGACCCGCCUCGUCUCCCUCACCUUGGCUCUGCAGCGCGAGAGUCCAGGGGAGCCUCUGGGCCACUCUGGAUCCUACAGCAAAGGGCUGAUCCUGGGGGCCGCCACUGGAGUUGGGGUCACCGCCCUCAUCUCCCUCUGCCUCAUCCUCCUCAUUGUGAAGACUCUUAGAGCGAAGCCGGCCGGCCCAGCACCGGUGACCUUCAAUGCCCAGGGCAUCUCCAAGGCCGAUAGCGUCAAUCUGGUGUCCAACACUAUCCCGCUGCCGAAAGAGCCCCAGGAGUCCCGGCCGGACAGCACUCAGGAGCUCCCGUCCCUCACCAAGCCCAACCCUGCUGAGGAAGGGCAUGAGGAGGGGGAGGAGGAGUUGCAGUACUAUGCAUCCCUGACCUUUCAGCCCCGGCAGCUCCAGGACACUAUCCGGUCCGGAGAGAUGACCGAGUACUCAGAGAUCAAGUUCCACUGAGGGACCAGGGCGGAGGUUGGGGGGUGAGAAUGGGGCUGAGUCGUGGGAGGGAUGCUUGCUGGUGGGCCACGGCCAGGCGAGGCUGAGAUAGAUGAGAAAUA